AUGUCGAAAUACACAAUCACGCCCUGGCGCUCCCAACACGACCUCCUCCAAGUCCGCUCCCAACUCUACGGCACCAACCCAUCAACACCAGACCAACGCCGCCAUGCCGUCGACAGAGUCAUGGCCUGGAAACUCCGAGGCAACCUCCCUCACGCCGUAGAAUCCACAGCCCUCUUAAUCGACGCAAUUCUCCACCACUCCAACCCCUCAAACUCCAUGUUCAGCGUCCGCGCCGUCUACAGCGCCGCUUUCACGCGCUUCGUGACCGGAUUCUGUGACAUUGGACGGAACAAGGAGCGUUCGCUGGAGCCGAGCAGUAUGCUGGAUAUUGCGAAGCAGAUUGGGAUGCCGGUGGAGUUUGUGGCGCUGAGGCAUGAGGCUACGCAUGAGGAGCUGCCGGCUGUGCAGAGGUUGGUCAAGGCGGUGGAUGAUGGGUUGCAGUGGUUGUGGACGGUUUAUUGGAGUCGGCUGGAGGAGCCUGAGAGUGGGGAGAUGAUUGCCGCUUCUAUGGCGAAGGUGAAGGCGGAUGCGAGGCAGAUUUUGAGGGGAUUCAGGAGUCGGAGGCGAGAGGCUGUUCAGUCACGGAAACUUAGGGAUGACUUCUCGAAUAUUCAGUCGACUGUGCGGGCGUCGGUGGCUUUGUUUGGGAAAAGUAGUGCGAAGAUGGAGGCUUUCGCCAGCGUACUGGUCGAAGACAGGCUGCUAAGCCCGUCAAAAAGAGAGCUUGGUGCUUCUCUUGAAGGCGCUUUCGUCAUCUGGGACGACCUCCUCAAGUUCAUCAAUCGUGAGCAUCACCGCUUCGCGAUGGCGCUGGUCAAAGCUUUACUCGAAGCUAUAAGUGUCCGUCCUGGGGAGGAUACCGAGAAAGAAGCCUGUUGUAUGUGGGUGACGCAUAUCCUUCACAGCGAACCGUGGAACCAUUUCGUCACCGCACUGGAGAAGCGCCUGGUUCGGAAGGAUGUCGUGAUGUGGUGCUGUAUGCAUCCUGGACCUUGGACCCAACGGCUUGGCCGCGAUGUGCUUAAAGCAGAGGAUGAAGAGUUCGUGUGUGAUUGGGAAGACGUUUUCCACGCCAGCCAGCUCAGUGUGGCAGGCCAAGACGAGGAUGAUGCGGAGCUCGGUACGUGGAUACGAGCAGCAACACCUUUUGCAGCUCCAAUCGGUGUAGUUCGAUAG